GUACAUGUAUGUGAAUACAGAGAACAUGAAAGCAACCAGGAAAAGUAGCUGUCCCUUUUGAAGAAGAUAAGACACAGCUUUUUAUAUCAAGAUGGCGGAACAGCUUCCACAAGGUGAAGAGUCAAAGGUCAUGUGUCAGGCUUGUGAUGAGGAAAACGCGGCAAUUUCACGAUGUUUGAGUUGUGAACAUUACCUCUGUCUGCAGUGUCAGAAAGCACACCAACGUUGCUCUGCAUUGAAGAAUCAUGAGAUCAAAACUUUGGCUGAAUUGCAAGAAGUUGAUGAAACCCAAACUGAAUCAAAGAUGAACAUCUCAAGAUGUGACAUCCAUCCCAAUCAAGAUCUCUGCCUCUAGUGUAUGACGUGUGAACAACUGAUCUGCAAAGUAUGUGCAAAGCAGCACCGGGCUCCAAAACACACAGUCGUUGAUCUCAAGAGUGCUACUAAAAAAGCAUUAAAGACAUUAUAGAUGGUGCUUCUCAGCUAGAUAGAAGUAGUUAUAAUUUAACCAGUAAUUUUGAGCCUUUGUUUUACAAUCUUUGUAGCAUGAUCAAUGAAACAAAAAGGAAUAUUUCUGAAAAAGCAGACAAAGAAGUUAUCAAGAUAAGAAUCAUGGAGAAAAACCUUUUGCAAGAGGCUUCAGAUGCAGGUAGUAGAAAGGGCAAAACAUUAGCCAAACUUAUGUUUGCAAAGGAGUCACUAACGUCAGUACAAUAUUCAAACACACCUUGCGAGAGUAUGAAGAUACUUAAAAACAGACAAAAACAUCUUCAUGAGUACAUUAACAUAGAUGCAGAAGAAGCUGUAGAUUUGACGAACGAUCUGUCCUUCCUGAGUUUCAAAGAAAGUGAAGGUGGGAUGACAGUUGAGAUGGGGACACUUUUACUAAAAGAAACACGGUGGCAAAUGUUGACAGCCAAAGUCGGUGGACAAUUAAAUGGGGCAUUUUCCACAGACCGUUUAAUUUUAAUGGGUCAGGAAGAUGCACCAAGAACGAAACCAAGAAUGAAACCAGAUGGAAACAUUUUGCACACUUAUAAUCAGUCGUGGCUCAGUGGUUACUUAGAAAACCCCAACUCACUUGCUGUAAAUAAAGAUGACCAUAUCAAUAUCUUGGACGGUCCAACGGUCAAGACUUUUGGGUCAAACUGUCGGCUUCUUAUUAGCCAGUUCACUCCAGAUGAAGACUUUGAACCCACGUGUCUUGCAGUAGAUGAGAACAAUCUAAUAGCAGUGGGUUAUGAAGACAAGGAAAAGGUUUCUCUACACAACCCCGAUGGAUCCCUCAUCAGAACACUGUCUGCUCCGGGGAUUGAUAAGUACAUGGCCAUGAGGAAUCAGCGAAUCAUUUACACCAGUCGUAUUGAUCGUGCGCUUAUAUGUGUCCAGUGUUGCAGUCGAGACCUCCCCGUCCGAGACCGAGGGGGAGACCGAGCUCCCCCGCCCCAUCCGACACCGAAACCCCGAGGGGGAGACCGAGCUCCCCCUCCCCAUCCGACACCGAAACCCCGAGGGGGAGACCGAGCUCCCCCUCCCCAUCCGACACCGAAACACCGAGGGGGAGACCGAGCUCCCCCUCCCCAUCCGACACCGAAACACCGAGGGGGAGACCGAGCUCCCCCUCCCCAUCCGACACCGAAACACCGAGGGGGAGACCGAGCUCCCCCUCCCCAUCCGACACCGAAACACCGAGGGGGAGACCGAGCUCCCCCGCCCCAUCCGACACCGAAACCCCGCGGGGGAGACCGAGCUCCCCCUCCCCAUCCGACACCGAAACACCGAGGGGGAGACCGAGCUCCCCCUCCCCAUCCGACACCGAAACCCCGAGGGGGAGACCGAGCUCCCCCUCCCCAUCCGACACCGAAACACCGAGGGGGAGACCGAGCUCCCCCGCCCCAUCCGACACCGAAACCCCGAGGGGGAGACCGAGCUCCCCCUCCCCAUCCGACACCGAAACCCCGAGGGGGAGACCGAGCUCCCCCUCCCCAUCCGACACCGAAACCAAGACCGAGAUCAAGGUAUCCGACACCGAAACCAAGACAGAGACCUACAUGUACCCCACGCAGACAAACAAUUAUGUAA